AUGGACGCUGAGUUUCUGCACGACACUUUGAGAAAAGCCGCUGAAGGGGACGAGUUCACAUCAAAGCUGUUAGAUAUCCACAAAGCUGUCCUGGCACAAGGUGUAGCACAGCCUAUUCGGAUGGGUUUGUACAGGUCAGAUUACAUGCUUGAUGGUCCGGAUGCCGCUCUGGCAAAGAUUAAGCAGGUGGAGAUCAACACAAUAUCUGCUUCGUUUGGAUCACUAGGACCUAGGAUGCCUAACCUACACAGAUUUGUGGCGGAACGAUUCACAAACAAAGAGGUCAACAUCCCCGUCAACGGCGCAUUCGAAGGCAUUGUUGAGGGGCUGGCGCAUGCGCACCAAGCCUACAACAAGAAGGAUGCGGUGAUGAUGAUGGUGGUACUACCAAACGAGCACAACUCGUUCGACCAGAAGUUCAUCGAACACAGUUUAUGGCAAGACCAUAAGGUGAAGAUGAUAAGGAGGAGUCUUCAAGAUAUUUCUGAGAGGGGAAACCUAGACCCGCAAACAAAGGUUCUUACCAUUGAUGGACAGGAGGUUUCGGUUGCAUACUUUAGGGCCGGAUACUCUCCAGACCACUACCCUACAGAGAGCCACUGGAAAUCGCGGGAAACCAUAGAAUUGUCUCUGGCUAUCAAAUGCCCCACAGUCGAGUAUCAUCUGACCGGUGCCAAGAAAAUUCAACAAGUGCUUGCACAGAAAGAAGUGGUAGAAAGGUUUUUGCCAGCCGGGGAAGCGGCCGAAGUGCUUGACUCAUUCACUGGGCUGUAUCACGUCGAGGGCAAUAAAGAAAUGAUCGACAAAGUCUGCGCCAAUUCAUUAGAUUAUGUUCUUAAGCCUCAGCGUGAGGGUGGAGGCAACAACUACUAUGCUGACGAGAUGGUCGGCAUGCUCCGAUCCCUGCCCGAAAUGGAGUUGCAGAGCUACAUUCUCAUGGAUCGCAUCAAGCCACCGAGACAACCCAAUGUUAUUGUGAGGAACGCCGAGCCCGUCUCGGUAGAUUGCGUGGGGGAGAUGGGAGUGUUCGGCAUCUGGAUCAGUAAUGGACUGGACGAGGUGCUCAGAAAUACGGGCCCAGGGUAUCUGCUGCGGUCCAAGCCAUUUGACAAAGACGACGGGGGUGUGGCCGCUGGUGUGGCUGUGUUGGAUAGUCCUGAUCUCAAGUAUAUAGACAUUGUCUUGUAG